AUGCCUCCUGUCAAGGCUUACGAAAUUCGCAGCAAAAAUAAGAAUGAGCUAGAAAAACAACUUGAUGAACUUAAACAAGAUUUAGCUACCUUAAAAGUUCAAAAAAUUGCAGGUGGUGCUGCAUCAAAGUUGACAAAACUUCGUGAGGUCCGCAAGUCAAUUGCACGAGUUAAAACCGUAAUAUCACAAACUCAACGUAACCAUCUUCGUAAUUUCUUCAAGGGUAAAAAAUACAAACCUCUUGAUCUUAGACCAAAAAAGACUCGUGCCAUUCGUCGUAAAUUAACAAAGUAUGAGGCAUCUCGGAUGACCAAUCGGUAA